AUGGCCGAGACCGGCGCUGCCAAGCCACGCGUCGGCGACCUCUACUGGAAGAAGGUCGGCUCCAACGGAUGGACCCUCGGGAAGGUCUGCGCCGUCGCCGAAGAGAGCAACAUGGCCGAGUUCGGCCUCGUCGACGAAGACUCGGGCGACAUGCUGCGCGAGCCGCACGAGAUGCUCGACCUCGCCGAGCACCCGCUGUACCCGGCGAAUCCGCUCUUUAGCACGUGCGCCGACAUGACGUCGCUGCACCAUUUGCACGAAGCGGCGCUGGUCAAGAACCUUCAAGACCGCUCGGCGCUCUCCAACCAGCGCCCAUAUACGUUCAUGGCCAACGUGCUCAUCGCAAUCAACCCGCUGCGGUACCUCGAAGGCGUCGAUAAGGACCUCUUCAUCGGCAAGCCGCUCGACAAGUGCCCGCCGCACCCGUACCACGUCGCCGAGAGCGCGUACCGGCAGCUGUGCACAUUGCGGCCCGUCAUGCAGAACCAGAGCAUCAUCAUCAGCGGCGAGUCGGGCUCGGGCAAGACCGAGACGUCCAAGAUCAUCCUCGACUUCCUCACCGUGCGCGCGGUCGCGCCGCGCUCCGAGAGCUUUGACGACCACUCGGAGCCCGAGGUGACGACGAUGCCGCUCAAGCGCCCGAGCAUCUCGAAAGGCUCGACAUCGUCGCGCGUGCUCUCGUCCUUCUCGAUCCGCGACGUCUCGAGCAUGCUCAAGGAGCCCAACACGGUCACAUUGGGCGAGCGUCUCAUGGAGACGAUCCCGAUCCUCGAGUCGUUUGGGAACGCCAAGACCCAUCGCAACCACAACUCGUCCCGCUUCGGCAAGUACAUGCGCCUCCAGUUCUCGUCGCGCCAUUACGAACUCACGGGUGCGUCGAUCGAUACGUACCUGCUCGAGAAAUCCAGGCUCGUGCAUCCGCCCAACGGCGAGCGCAACUUUCACAUUUUUUACGAGCUCCUGCGGUCCGGGCGGUCGGACCUCCAGACGCUCUUGCACGUCGGUAACGACGACCCGGAGCGUACGAUCCAGAGCUUCCACUACCUCAACCGGUCUGCGUGCACGAGCAGCGACCUCCUCGACGACGCGGCCAACUUUUCCAAGCUCACGGACGCGCUGCUUAUGGUUGGCAUCGACCAUCUGCAGCAAACGGACCUCUUCAAGCUCGUGGGCGGCCUUCUCCAUCUCGGCAACGUGGACUUUGACGAGGAAGAAACGUCGGAAGGCUUGUCGGCGGUGCUGGCCGAGACGUCGUUGGUAAGCUUGAGCCAUGCGUCCGAGCUGCUCGGCGUCCCCGUCGACGAGCUCUCGAGCGCGAUGCUCAACAAGCGCAUUACGCGCAGCAAGGGCGGCCGGAAGAACUCGAUCUACUACCUCAAGAAGGACGCGCGCCAAGCAUCCUACUCGCGCGAUACGAUCGCCAAGAGCAUUUACGAGCUCGUCUUCGCUUGGCUCAUGCGGCAAUGUGCGUGUGCCCUCGAGUACAACGAAGCGCUCCGCGACGUGCUGCCGUACAUUGGCGUCCUCGAUAUCUUUGGCUUUGAAGAUUUCGAGCCGAUGAACCGCAACUCGUUCGAGCAGCUUUUGAUCAACUACGCCAACGAGACGCUCCAGAGCAUCUUCAACACGUGCAUCUUCCAGGCCGAGCAAGAGCUGUACCUCUCCGAGCACAUCCACGUGCCCAACAACGUCGAGCUCACGUUUCCACCGAUUGCGGACCGGCUCAACUCGACGAGCGAGCUCAUUACGUAUGUCGACAACCAAGAGUGCCUGACGCUGAUUGCGUCGCGCCAAGGCGGCGUGUUUGCGACCAUCGAUACGGUCUCGCGGCUGCCGGGCCCGUCGGACCGCAAGCUCAACGAGCGUCUCCACACGCUCUUCAAGCGCAACGCAUGUUUUCCGCUGCCGCACCCCAAGGAAGCGCACGAGAUGUUUUGCAUUGUGCACUAUGCGGGCACGGUCAAGUACCACAUCGAGUCGUUCAUUGACAAGAACAACAACAUCAUCUCGGCGCAGUUUGAAGAGCUCAUCCACAUGUCGCGGUCGCGGAUUCUGAGCUCGCAGCCGACAACGACGCCCGUGGCCAGCCAGCUCAAGGGCGGGUCGGUCUCGCAAAUGUUCUCGGUGCAAAUGAAGGGGCUCGCGUCCGAGCUCGAGGGCACGCGCUGCAACUUUAUCCGGUGCAUCAAACCCAACGCGGCGAUGGCGGUCGGUGUCUUUGACCGCAACUCGGUCGUCGACCAGCUCCGCUGCUCGGGGACGGUCCAAGCCUGCUCGGUGCUGCGGGUCGGCCUCCCGACGCGCAUUUUGUACGCCGAGGUCGUCGACAUCUACGCGCCGCUCGUCGGCGACGACGUCUACAGCCGCUUUAAGCUCAACGAGCGCCUCUUCACGCAGGCCAUUUGCGCGGCCCUGCGCUUUCCCGCCGACGCGUACCGGCUCGGCGACACGCGGCUCUUUUUCCGCACCGGCAAGAUCGACUUGCUCGACCAACUCCUCAAUGUGACCAAGAUCGACCCGAAUCUGCCGUCGGCGCUCGGCCGCUACGUGAUCAAGCGCCGGUGGGUCUCGGCCGUCACCAAGGCCAUCGUCUACAAGCGUUUUGAGCGCAUUUACCACGAGUGCAAGUUCCGCCGGCGCGCCAUCGUGCUCCAGUGCGCGUGGCGCCAGCACCGUGCGCGUCUCGAGCUCGCGUCCCUUCGCCGCCAGCAAGCGAUUGCAAUCAAGCUCCAAAGCUGGAUCCGCAAGCUGCAGAUCAUGAAGGCGUUUGCAGGCCGCCCGGACGAGAAGCUCUCGCUCCUGCACGGUCUCUUGAGCAAGCCGGCGCUGCCAAAGGGCCAGAAAUGGCUGCUCACGUGGCUUGGGCCGCUCCAGCGCGCCAUGUACGUUCAGAAACUGUGCCGCAAGGCAUGCGUCGCCUACAUGGUCAAGCGCGGGUUCCUCUGGCUCUACGAAAACGUCCGGAAGAAGCGCGCGCAGCUCCUGCUGCAGACGCAGAUGCGCGUCUUGCUCGCCAAGCGGCGGCUCCAAGAGCUCGUACGCCAGCGCCGCGCCCGCGACCACUGGAAGCGCGCAAUUCUCGGAGCGCGGGUGUGUUCGCUGUUUUUGCGGCAGUUUAAGCGCGUGCACUUGACGCGCCUCGAAGCCAGCCACGAGUCGCUGACCGCGCGCAACGAGGCGCUGGAAGCCCGCGUGUUGACGCUCACGACGGAGCUCAACGACGCCAAGAAGCAAAACGAAGCGUUGGCGGCGGCGGUGGUCGAGAACAAGCGGCUGCUGGACGCGCGGGCCGCUCGCAUCGCGGCCCUCGAAGCCCAAGUGCCCAAGCCAAAGGAGUCGCUGCUCUCGCGCGUCUUUCGCUUCUUUACGUGCAACUCGGCGCCGUUCGACCUCGAGGACAACGACGACGACGCGGCCGAGCGCACCGUGAGCGAGUGCAGCUCGGUCGACGACCAUACGAACAAGGUGACGCCGCCAUCGUCGACCACGUCGACGGCGUCCUCAUCGACCCCGUCGCCGGCGACGACGAAUAUGGCCACCAAGCAGGCGCGCAAGCUCUCCAACUUUGUCAAGCCCGCCAAGCGGCAGCACGAAGGCGUCUGGAAGAUCAGCCGCUUCGUUUUUUGA